AUGCCCCACAGUAAACCCACACCUACCCACGGUGGGCCGCGCAGGCAUGUUCGCUGGGUAGUGGCUGAACUGUCUGGACGGCACAAUGGCGCUGCCUGCUCACUUCCUGUCACAGAAGGGUUCUCUGUCCUGCAUGAGGUGAUUAAAGUGGAUGGUGUUAUUGAGGGUUUAGAGCCAGUUGCCUCAUGCAUGGCAGAGAAGCACUUCCAUGUGGCAGCGGCGUCUCCUCCUCCCUCUUCGGAUUUCUGCAGCACCACUAGACUGGAUUUCUGCAACAGCGGCACCAACAAGAGACCUGCGCUGGAGACUCGAGAAAAGAUGAGCCAGAGGACAAGAGCUAAGGCUGAAGCUGAGGCUCAGGAACUGAUGGCCAGUUUCUUCGAGGAUCUUGAAGCAAAUGACAAACAACUGAGAGAACAGAUCCGCACUAAGGCCGUUAGGGUACUGAUGGGGAUUUUCAUCUACGACCCUGAGACCAAUGACCCCUCAAUCAAGGUCCUGAAAGAGGUGGAUGCUGGAGCAGAGGAAGAGGAUGAAGCCAUCAGUCAGGUCUUGGAUGAGGAAGAGGGAACAAUCGACCUGCCACUGGAAGCUGAAGCUGAAGCUGAUGCCGAGGUUGAAGCUCAGGUUGAUGCUGAUGAAAAAGCAAAGCCAGAAGACGCUGAAAUACAGAACAGCACAUCUCUGGAAGAAGACGAGGCUGAAGCAGAGAGUAAAGCUGUUGCUGAAGCUGCUGUUGAAGAUAAGGUUGAAGCUGAUGCUGAAGCUGAGUCUAAAGCUGAGAUUGAAACUGAAUCUGAAGCCAAGGCUGGGGUUGAAACUGAAGCUGAGGUUGAAGCUGAAGCUGAGGAUGAGGCUGAGACUGAAGCUGAGUUUGAGGCUGAGGCUGAAGCUGAGGUUGAAGCUGAGUUUGAGGCUGAGGCUGAAGCUGAAGCUGAGGUUGAGGCUGAAGCUGAGGAUGAGGCUGAGACUGAAGCUGAGUUUGAGGCUGAGGCUGAAGCUGAGGUUGAAGCUGAGUUUGAGGCUGAGGCUGAAGCUGAGGUUGAAGCUAAUCCUGAGGAUGAAGCUGAGGUUGAAGCCGACCGUCAAAAAGGAAAGGAAGAAGACACUGAAACAGAGAACAGCACAUCUCUGGCUGAAGCUGAAGCUGUAGUUGAUGCUGAACCUGAAGCUGUAGUGGAGGCUGAAGCUGAACCUGAAGCUGUAGUGGAGGCUGAAGCUGACGCUGAACCUGAGGUUGAAGCUGAACCUGAAGCUGUAGUGGAGGCUGAAGCUGACGCUCAACCUGAAGCUGAGGUUGAAGCUGAAGCUGAAGCUGAAGCUGAACCUGAACCUGAAGCUGUAGUGGAGGCUGAAGCUGACGCUCAACCUGAAGCUGAGGUUGAAGCUGAAGCUGAACCUGAAGCUGAACCUGAAGCUGAAGCUGUAGUUGACGCUGAACCUGAGGCUGAACCUGAAGCUGAAGCUGCAGCUGCUGCUGAAGAAAGAAAGCCAGAAGACAGUGAAACAGAGAACAGCACAUCUCUGGUAAACACCAACGAGACGGACGAGCCUGCUGAAAGCACCAGGAAAGGAGACGAGAAAAAGAAAAGGACCAGGAGAGGAACACGAGGCAGGGGAAGAAAGAUCAAUUACAGAAAGUUCCAGGACAACAAAGCAGAAACAGAGAAGCUGAAAGAGGUGGAUGAUGGAGCGGAGGCUGAAGCCAUCAGUGAACUGAUGAACGUCCUCCUGGAUGAGACGGAGGAAUCCAAUGGCCAGUCUCUGGCAGGAGAAAGUGGGGAGAUCGUGAUGAGUGCCGACGCUGAAGCUGAGGCUGAAGCCUUUAAUGAUUUCCUGACCGUCCUCCUGGAGGAGAUAAGCGACGAGAUCAACCUGCCUCUGGGGAUGCUGAAAGAGGUGGAUGAUGGGGCGGAGGCUGAAGCCAUCAACCAGCUCCUGAACGUCCUCCUGGAUCAGUCAGGGGAAAUGAUCGACCUGCCUCUGGCAGGAGAAAGUGGGGAGAUCGUGAUGAGUGCCGACGCUGAAGCUGAGGCUGAAGCCUUUAAUGAUUUCCUGACCGUCCUCCUGGAGGAGAUAAGCGACGAGAUCAACCUGCCUCUGGAAGAAGUUAAGGCUAAAGCUGUUGUUGAAGCUGAAGCUGAAGUUGAGGCUGAAGGUGAAGCUGAAGUUGAGGCAGAAGCUGAAGGUGAACCUGAAGGAGUUGUUGAAGAAGGAAAGCUGGACGACACUGAAACAGAGAACAGCACAUGUCUGGAGAGCAAUAAUACAGAGAAGCCUGAAAACACCGGGAAUGGAAAUGAGAAAAAGAAAAGGAGCAGGAGAGGAACACGAGGCAAAGGAAGGAAGAUCAAUUACAGAAAGUUCCAGGACAAUAAAGCAGGACGAUCUGCAGCUGAGGUCGUAGAAAGACCACCAGAAGAUGCAGAAACAGAGAACAGCACACCUCUGGACAAACCCAUGGUGAAGGCGGAUGAAGAAUCUGAGCCUAAAGAGGAAAUCCAACUCCCUGAGACGGAGACCGUUAACGAGCAGCUCCUGAAUGAAGUAAAGGCAAAGAAGAAGGUCAGGAGAGGAACACGAGGAAGAGGGAGAAAAAUCAACUACAAGAAAGUUGAGGACAAAGAAGCUGAACAGAAUGGAGGGAGGAAAGAGCUGACUGACGCCAAAGCAUCAAGAGACCAGCGUGAUCGUCAGACAGAAAGAAAGCUGCAGACACACACACGUGUGUGGACACGCCGUGACCGAGCCUGUGAGUCAGGGUGGAGAGGACCUGCUCACUGCGACCAGAGAGACAGGAGAGUCCCGAGAAGAUCAGCUCAAGAGACGCCAUCACAUGCUGGAGCCUGAUCAAUUAAACACACACACACACACACACACACACACACCAAGCCCCCAUCCUAUCCUUAAGCGUAACCCUACCACCCCCCUAUUCCCCAAACCCCAAAUAAUUAUUAACAUUAUUUUUAAAAUAUGAAUAAAAACCCUUUAUACUUUA